AUGAACGACCUCUUCUCAUCCCAAUCCUUCAGGAAGUACCAGGACCUGAAGCCCACGACCGGCGGGCCGAGCAAUGACCUGGAGGCCGGCGGAGAGGGGCCGGAGGGGGUGAGCCUGGACCAGUUCUUCGAGGAGGUGGAGGGGGUGAAGAAAGACAUGGGGGAGGUGGAGAAGAUGUACAAGCGGCUGCAGCAGGCGAACGAGGAGUGCAAGACGGCCCACAACGCCAGGACCAUGAAGGACCUCCGGGGCAAGAUGGACGCCGAGGUCACUCAGGUCCUGAAGCGCGUCAAGCUCAUCAAGUCCAAGCUCGAGGCCCUCGAGAAGUCCAACGCCGCCAACCGCCGCGUCCCCGGCUGCGGUCCCGGCUCCUCCGCCGACCGCACCCGGACCUCCGUCGUCAGCGGCCUCGGCAAGAAGCUCAAGGCCCUCAUGGACGACUUCCAGGCCCUCCGCGUUCGCAUGAACGACGAGUACAAGGAGACCGUCGCCCGCCGCUACUUCACCGUCACCGGCGAGAAGCCCGACGACGACACCGUCGAGAACAUGAUCGCCAGCGGCGAGAGCGAGACCUUCCUCCAGAAGGCCAUCCAGGAGCAGGGCCGGGGCCAGAUCCUCGACGCCAUUUCUGAGAUCCAGGAGCGCCACGACGCCGUCAAGGACAUCGAGAAGAACCUCGUCGAGCUCCACCAGCUCUUCCUGGACAUGGCGGCGCUUGUGGAGGCGCAGGGCCAGCAGCUCAACGACAUCGAGAGCCACGUGGCGCACGCCAGCUCCUUCGUCCGACGUGGCACCGAGCAGCUACAGGAGGCCCGGGAGUACCAGAAGGGGUCCCGCAAAUGGUGCUGUAUUGCCUUCUUACUCUUCAUUGUCCUCAUCGUCGUCCUCACCUUCCCCAUAUGGUCUCACCUCGUCAUGGCCAAGCUGCUCUGA